AACCGAAUCCUAUUCCAACCGUUCAUAUGACCGUGCCAAUUGGACAAGGUUGAACCGGCCAGCCAAAUAUUGGUUCGACAACCUUGAUCGUCAGUCGUCACUAAUGAGUAAUUACUAAUGCAUUGGGUAAAAAAUAAUUUGUGCGGGUAAAAACCUCUUCUUUUUUCUUUCUAAAUGAAAUAGGACGGGAAAAUCAAAAUGUUCUCCCUUGCUCUCUGUAACAAUGACAGCCAAAUUCGUCAACUCUUAUGAUGACUAGUUCAAGAAAAAGAGAAAGAUCUUUAGAAAGGCAGCCAGUUGGGCAUCAUUAGGAAGAAAAUGGACAAGUAAAGCAGUUGCUUCCACUGUCCAGUUCCCUCUUCUUCUCCGCCACACACCGUUCAAAGUUGUUCCACGAAACAACAACAGCUCGUCACCAGCUGUAUGUAGGGCUAAUUCUUCCUUCCAUCAUGGCUUUUUUUUUGCCCACCACUAGCAUUUACAGCAGGUAAACCGAGAGCUAGCUUUCCCCAUCAUUAAUUAUCCUCCAAAAUGGGUGAAUUGUGAAACCAUGAAUUGUGAAACCAAAUAGUUGUGUGCCGGCCGGACCAUUUUGGUCUGCCGCUGAUGGGCAGAGCAGAGGUGGCCGGGCAAAAUUUGACUAAUUCAAUUGCCGGUCCCAUCCCACUUGGUUAAAAACUUUAAUCAUAUUCUGGGUCUUCUUUUUUCCCCUCUUUCCCUGUGAUAUGCAGUGUGAAAAUUCCCCUGUGGCAGGUGAUUUGAAUAGAAAAUCAAUUUCCCUGUUUGCUCUGCUCAUUGCUGCCUGCUACUGUGUACAUCAACACCUCACUUUCUCCCUCUCUCUCUCUCACUCUGAAGGCAUUAGAUUUCGUAAUUAAAUGCGGAGAUUUUCCAGCUUGUUAAACAAUUCCAUUGUUUGAAAACACAAGUUGGGCUGAUUUGGGGAAGGCGAGGGAGAGGGGGAGAAGAAAAAGAGGCAGAGGUAGGAGACGCAGAAAAAAACAAACUUUUGGGGAAGAAAGAUAGAAAGCAGUGUAUUAGCUUUGGAUUCUCGGUCGUGGAGAUGUACUGUGGUGGUGGGAUUGAUGGGUUGUGGGCUCAUUCGAUGCUUUUCGGAUAUGAAAGGUACUUUCUUUCUUUUCCUUCUUUGGACAAGCUCUUGAUUUGAUUCCCCUAAUUCGCGUUUUCCUUGAUGUAUGUUUUUUAAGUCAAUUGUUUAUGGUUCUAGUCUCCUACCCAUUUCGGUUUCUUUCCAAAGUUGUGAUAUUUUUUGCCGGAUUCCUCCUGCAUUUCAUCUGGGUUUGGCUUCAAUUCUUCCAAAACAAACAUCUUUAUCUGUUUAGUGUUCCUGGGUUCUCAACCUUCUAUCCCCCUCAUUUUCUUCUGUGUUUGUUGUAUGUUGAUCAUGUGUUUAUUGCCUAAGUUCAGAGGCUUUGGGGUUGAAAUCCCGCUGGGCCUUAGGCUAUGGAGAGACAAUUUGAAUGAUGUAAUUGUUGGUCAUGGUAUGGGGUUCAGUGUGGUUGAUUGAGGAAUAGGAUGAGCAAGAAGAACUGGCAAUUGGGGGGGUUAUGGGUUCUCUAGAUGGGUCUGAUGUCCUCUCCAGAAUUGGAAUUUAGGGUCCAUGGUUCUUAUGAACUUAACUAUAUGGUUUUCAGUUCCUGACAGUACUCUAAUUGCUGUUCCUUUUUUCUUCUUCUAUUUGGUUCCUGUUUCUGCUGUCAAUUGAAAGAGUUCCCAGGGUUUUGAGAGAUAAUGACACUUAAGUCUCGGAUUCAAAACUGGAAGCUUCGAUUUAGUGUGAGGUUCAGGAAAAUGAUGAAGUGUAUGCGCUCUGGGGAGCAGUUGGGAGUCGAUGAUAUGGCUGCUUCGUCUUCUGAGUCUUUGGCAACUAGGGACUAUUCAGCAAGUGGCUAUUCGUCUCGGGCUGCUGAGGUUGAUUCCAAGCUUGAUAAUAGCAACAUUGAAGAAGCAGAGUCGUCCCUUCGCGAGAGUGGGUUUCUAAAUUAUGAGGAAGCAAGAGCAUUGUUAGGGAGGCUGGAGUAUCAAAAGGGAAAUAUUGAAGGUGCACUUCAUGUCUUUGAAGGAAUAGACAUAGCUGCAGUGACUUCUAGGAUGAAAGUCGCAUUAUCUAAGAAAUUGGAUCAUCAGAAUAGGCGCCGGUCCCAAAGUGAUCCUGCUCCACCCAUGUCUAUGCAUGCCAUCAGCUUGCUUCUCGAGGCUGUUCUUCUCAAGGCAAAAUCAUUGCAGGGUCUUGGAAGGUUUUCAGAGGCUUCCCAGUCUUGCAAAAUAAUUUUGGACACUGUUGAGUCUGCAUUGCCAGAUGGUGUAUCAGAACAAGUUGCUGCAGAUUUCAAGCUGCAAGAGAUUCUGAACAAAGCUGUUGAGUUGCUUCCUGAGCUGUGUAAGCUUGCUGGGUCACCUGAAGAAGCUAUAGUAGCGUACCGACGUGCCCUCCUCUAUUACUGGAAUCUGGAUACAGAAACGACUGCUAGGAUACAGAAAGAAUUUGCCAUUUUCCUUUUGUAUAGUGGGACGGAUGCAAUUCCUCCAACGUUGCGUUUCCAAAUGGAAGGUUCUUUUGUCCCAAGAAACAACAUUGAAGAGGCAGUCCUUCUGUUGCUGAUUCUGUUGAGAAAAUUUGCUCUCAGGAAGAUCGUAUGGGAUCCAACAGUCAUGGAUCAUAUAUCUUUUGCAUUAUCUGUCUCGGGGGACCUAAGGGCGCUUGCUUAUCAGGUGGAAGAGUUGCUUCCAGGGACUACCGAAAGGCAAGAGAGAUUUUGUACUUUGGCUCUUUGCUAUCAUGGAGAAGGUGAUAAUGAAGUUGCCCUAAAUCUUCUGAAGAAUUUCCUAAAGGACAGAGAGAGUAAGAACUGCAACAUGGAACUAUUGCUUGCUUCUAAGAUAUGUGCAGAGAUUUCAAUGCAAGUUGAUGAAGGGAUUAAUUAUGCAUGCAGAGCUCUUUGUGACCCUGGAAGAUGUGUCCAAAUAGCAAGCAUUACUAACUGCCUCUUGGGUCUUUUACUAUCGAAUAAGUCAAGAUUGGUUGCUUCUGAUUCCGAAAGGGUUGUAAAGCAGUCUGAGGCAAUUGAGAAGCUUGAACUUGCAGAGCGGACGAUGAAAGAGAAAGACCCGUAUGUUGUAUAUCAUCUGGCGCUAGAAAAUGCUGAGCAGAGGAAGUUAGAUGCUGCACUGACUUAUGCAAAGCAGGCUUUAAGACUGGAAGCUGGGUCUUGCACAAAAACUUACGUGCUUUUGGCUAGAAUACUGUCUGCUCAAAAAAGGUUUGUUGAUGCCGAGACUGUGAUCUGUGCUGCUAUAGAUCAGACCGGUAGGUGGGAUCAUGGUGAGCUGCUGAGAACAAAAGCGAAAAUCCAAGUAGCACAGGGCCACUUAAAGAGUGCAAUUGAGACAUACACUCACCUUCUUGCCAUUCUCCAAGUUCGAACUAAAAACUCUGGCAUGGAGAAGAAACAUCACAAGAGUAGCAGGAACAGUGAUAGGAAGCUGGAGAUGGAGACCUGGCAUGAUCUAGCUAACGUAUACACGAGCAUGUCUCAGUUGCGAGAUGCUGAGGUCUGCCUUUCGAAAUCCAUGGUUAUCAACCCUUUUUCUGCAUCGAGAUGGCACUCCACAGGUGUACUGUAUGAAGCGAAGGGAAUGCACCAAGAAGCACUGGAAGCAUAUAAAGCAGCAUUAGAUGCCGAGCCAACCCAUGUCCCGAGCCUGAUAUCCACUGCUUGUGUCCUCAAAUGCCUCGGGGUCAACUCAUUGCCGGUCAUGAAGAGCUUCAUCACCGAUGCCCUUCGAUUCGACAAACUGAACCAUUCUGCAUGGUACCAGCUUGGAUUGAUCAACCAGGCUGAUCCGAGUGCAUCAGCAACCGAUGCUUUGGAAUGCUUCGAGGCUGCUGCUAUGCUGGAAGAAACUGCACCUGUGGAACCAUUCAGAUGACCCCGGCUAGUGCAGCUUUGUGGCGCUCUAUUAUUAAGCACAGUUAAGGUGUACAUUGUAACUUGAUGAUGCAUUUUCCCCCUAUACAGUUUGUCAGGCAUUAGUAGAUGAUGAUAUACAUAUUGUAGUACCAAAUAGAAGGGGAAAGGAUAGAGGAGGAAACAAUGAUGAAUCAAUAUUUGGCAUUGUUGUCUAAGUUUUACAGGUUUGAGUGAUUUAUUUAGUUCCCUUUGUUGUGAAAGAUUUUUUCAGAUAAGCAGAUGUAUGAUUAAUUACAAAACAGAAUGGAUGUAAAUGUUUAUCAGAAGCCCACAACCUUCGUGCCUGUAAAUGUUUGUCAUUAUGAUCAUACGGCAAAUGUUAACUUUGCCAAUUUCCUUCCUUGAUACAAAAUCAAGAUUUAAAUUUAUGAUGAUACUCAUUAAAAUGUCAUGUUUAUUUCUCAUCCUAUACAAACCCUAAAAAACACAAACCACAUACAAAUUAAGCUAUAAAAGAUCCCAGAAGAAGAUAAGACAAACGAGGAAGUCAAUCUUGGCCAACGCUCUCACCACGUCACUAAUAUUUCAUAUCAUGUCGGUGAUCAUAACACUUGUACUUUAACCGUUAUAGAUUCAAAUUUAGUUUGUAUUUAUACAUUUUUUUUACAAAUUUUUAUAUGAUACAAUGUGAAGUUGUACCAUUAACUUUAACGUUAUGAUAUAAAUUUGGUUUAUACCUAUACCUUUACAAAUUCCUUUAUGGUACAAAUUGAACGUGUACUUUUAACGAGCUUGUAUUUUUUAUACCUAAAAUGUACUAUCUUGAUUAUAGUUAAGAGUUAACACAUAAUAAGCUUGCAGAUCUACUAUAAAGGGGUGGAAAUCCUUGGGGGUAGUGAAAUGGCCUUAAACAUAUUUGAUCCUCAUUAUAUCAUUAGCUUUCAAACCCACUUAGGGGUCGUUUGGAGAAUAUGAAUUUAAAUCUAUAGAUUGUCAACAAUCUAAAGAUUCUAACUCUUUGGAUUGUUGAAAAUAGAUUUUAAAAUGUUUAUUGUUUGGUAACUGAGAUUGUUAACAUUCAAUGAAAAUAAUAAAAAAUUAUUUUUAUAUUAAAUAACGUGUUUAUCCUUAAUAAAAAAUUUGAGUGGUUCGAGAAAUAUUAAAAACUUUGUUGAUAAAUAUAUUUAAUAUGAUAAAUAAAUAAAACAAAGAGAAAAAGUAGGAGGAAAAAAUUUUCUUACGAAUCAAGAUAUAGAAUCUCUCUGAUUAUGAGAGAUUUGAUAUCCGUAGAUUUUAGAGAUUUGAAAUCUCUAAAGCUAAAAUCCACAAUACAAAAAUCAACAAAAAAACAUAACUUUCUACAAAAUCUACGGAUUUAAUGAAUCCACGCCCUAAAUCCCAUUCUCCAAACGACCCCUUAGUAUUGAGAUUAUUAUAUCAUCACAACGGCAAUAUCACAAAUAAGCGGACUUGUAAAUA